AUGAGCCAGUGGCGUUGCACUGUCUGCGUUGCUUGGCCAGCUGCCUGUGUGGCGGCAGCUACGCUGACGCCGCCUUCCUCCUUGACGCGCGGACGUGUCCGUCCUUGGCGUGCCUGCCGCCAGCGGCCGGCGGGCCGGCGGCGGGGGACUGGACUGCAGCGGCUCCUCCUGCGCAUUGUCGCACUUCGGCUUCUGCCAAGCACCACCGACGUCAUUCAGCUGGGUUGGAGGGCGACUUUGCACGCGUCGGGGGCCGCCCCAGGCGCCCCGUCCUCGCUGAGGCCGACGUAUUCCACCCGCACGCACGUCGUUGUGCGGCUCGCGUCCGGAAGACACCUUUCUGCGUGGGCGUACGGCGAGGUGGGGCUGCGGCUGCGUGUGGGGGCCGUGUUGUGCGCCCUGGUUUACCCGACCCACACGGAGGACCGGAGUAUGGCCCUUGUUAUUCACAGCGUUGCCGAACUCACUGCUGCCGAGGAGGGCGCGGGGGCCUUGGCGUGGGGCUCGCACAGCACCCAAGGCGAGAGCCCCGCCGCGGGUUCCUCCUUGCCCGCGCAGUGCUCUUUUGGCCAACUCGUCGAGGCAUUGGCGCCGGAGAUGGCGGGGCAGACGAUGUGCAAGUCACUGCUCCUACUUGUGGUGGUGCACACGAUGUACCGAGCCGUGCGGUGCCGCACGCGACGCCCGCUGCACUUGUUGCUCUUGGGCGCCUCCCGCUCCGGCAAGUCCGCCUUGUUGCGUGCCUUUCUGCGGCUGCUUGGGCCGCACGCCACACUGGUGGGGGCCCACGUUGUCCACGGGCAGCAGCGGUCUGUGGCCAUGUCCCAGGCCAUCACGGCGACGUACCCGCACGUGCGGCAGCAGCUGCUCUUGGGCGGCGCCGCGUCCACCUUCGACGCCCUCGUCAUUGAUGAGGUCUCCAGCCGCGGCUGUGCGCAGCUCGUGGAGGGGCUCAUCACGGGGCUCUGCCCCAUCCUCGGCGGCGGCGGCGGCGGCGGCGUGGCGGCGACGGCGAUUCGGAGUCAAGUGAUGCCCACGCAGGCGCAGGUGACGGCCGCCGCGAACGACGACUUGCUGGCGGCCGCGACCCUCGUCCCGCAGUUUGCCGUGGUGGCCCGCACGACGGCCCAACUCUCCCCCCGUCACGCCGUCUCCAUCGGGGAGGGGGUGAUUGCCGCCUCCGCCGCCGGCUCGCAGGCGUCGUCGAGGACCCCGUCCCGCUCCGCCUCGGCCGUGGAGCCAAGCCCGCGCCGCCUCGGCUCCGGCGUCUCUCCUGCCGCUCCACUUUGCGAGGAUUUUCUGCGGGACGUCGUGGCGGGGGCGCCGACGGCGUCCACGCUGGAGCGCAGCAUUCCUGCUGAAGCCUUUGCGAGCUUUUACCUGCGUCGCCUGCGCAAGGACCGGCACGGGGGCGACGCCGCCUUCACGGCGACGAGUGGUGGUGGUGGUGGUGGCGUCAGCGGCGGCGCCCCGCCACUGGCCUCGUUGCUGGCGGUGCUCUGGGAGCUAAACCUGGCGCGGCUGCUCCUCGAGCGGUGCUGCUGCUGCUGCCGCUGCGGCAGCAUGGGGGAGGCCGCGGGGGGCUGGAGUGAGUCGCUCGCGGAGGAGGUGUGGCAGUGCUACAGGCACCACUUGUUGGCGGUGCAGACGGCCACCGCGGCCGCCGCGGGGGAGCGGGCCACACAACAGAUGCCUCCCCGCGGUGCCGAGUUUUCCGCCCCCAGAGGCGGCUCAAGGCGGAGGCUCGGGAAGAAGGCUGUGUGCCUGGCGCUGCUGCGGAUGAUGGCGCGCGAGCAGCGUGAAUGCGGCGCCGACGCGGUGUCUGAGGCGAGCGUCAGGGCCUUUUUUCAGCAGCUUGGCGGAGAGGCGGGAACGGGGCUGUCGUUUUCCGACGUGCUGCAGCACCUGCUGGACGCCGCGUUGAUCAUUCAGAGGCUGAACGCCUACGCCGUUGUCGCCGAGGCGUGA